AUGGCACCCCUGCACCACCGUGGGCUCCGGCCAUUGCUAUGGGCGUUGGCCCUCUUCAUCGCCGUGGCGGCAGCGCCGUCCGCUACAGCCUUGCCCAUAUCACCCUCAAACACGACUGGCGCUGAACAUGCGGCGCCUGUCAAUGCCACCGUCAUACCGACCUCUGAUACUGGCACGAGCCCGCCAGCCUCUGCCUCUGCCCAGCUCCCUGCCGCCGGGCCUGGCCGCUCGCAACCCGCGAUAGACCCCGAAGCCCUGGCCAGUCGCGCCGCAGAAGCUCUGACCGAGCCCGUGGAGAGGGGUCAGCAGGCUGCGACUCGCGAUGCUGCCGCUGCCAUGGCUGCUGCUGCUGCCGCUGCCGCUGCGGCAGCCAAUGCCUACGACCGAGCACAAAAGGCGGCCGCUGCCAUGGCCGCUGCUCAAGCGCAGAGCGACGCCCAAGUCGCGGCCGCGGCCGUGGCCACCACCAUUGCCACGGGGGCUUCAACAGCUAAACCUACCCACUACUACGACUCGAUUGAGGUGCCCAACAGCAUGAGCUUGGGCCUGCAGAUUGGGGUCUUCAGUGCCGUCAUUGUCGUUGCCGUCACCGCAGCGCGCGUCUUGGAGCGUCGACGCGAGGCGCGCCUCCGCUUCUCCACCUCCCGUCUCAUUCAGGCUGGCGUCGAAGACUCGGACAACGCCCAGCUGCGACGUGCUGAGGAAGAGCGCCUCCUAGCCGCUCUCCCCUCGCCCCUCCUGGUCCAGAGCAGCUUCCAGCCCGGCAUUCCCGACCUUCCGGCUGAUGUGGUUGAUCCAGAGUCCUCCAUCGGCUCCCGCCUGAAGCAAAAAAUGCGCCGGGCCUGGGACCGCCUUUCCCUGCGCAGCGCCAACACCAUCAACUCUCGCACCAACAGCACUGCUUCCCACCUCACCGCCAUUGGCGAGUCACCCACAGACGGCUCCGAGCACACGUCCAUCCACCUCGGCUAUGAUCGCGCCAGCGACGACGACGACGACGGCGACGACGAUGCACAUGGUGGCUCCACCCUCUACCUUCAUCGCAGUCCGCACCGCUUUCACGUGGAUCACCGGCAUACCACCAAGCUCAACAGCAGCAACAGCUACAGCAGCGAUGACGACGAUGGCAAUGACGCCCACGAAAGCCGUCGCGACUUGAUCGAUCAAGACGAACGCAUGGCCCCCUUCCAUCCCCGGGCCCACUCAACUACCACCACCACCUUCUCUGCUGCCGCCUCUCAAUCCGCGAGCCGUCUCCCCUCUGAUCCGUCCACAUCAGAAGCCCUGUCCCGCGGACUGUCCUUUGAUUCCAUCUGCAUUCUGGAUGACGAGCAGGGCUCGAGUCUAGAAGAACACCUUCUCAUUCUCUAG